AUGGAUGUGUCAUCAGCCAAAUGGUUAUCUGAGCUGGGAAUGGAUGAGUACAACAUCAUUCAUCAAUGCCAUAUGGAUUCUCUUUCGGAGCUAACCAACACACAAGACAUAGCAAUUGCACUGGAAGGGAACUUAAAACAAUCAUUUUCUUCAGAAAGCAAUUCCUCUUACCCAAUUUUCACAACCAAAAACAAUUCAACUUUCAGUGGUUCUUCUAAUGAAACGAACUUUGAGCGACCUACAAAGCAACUUAAGACGGCUAACAGCUGGAACUCCGGCACCACCACCGACCACAUAUCGCCAAAUAAUUCUCCACCAACCUCUCACUUCCUUUCUUUCGAGAAAUCGAAUUGCUCCCUGAAGCCGCCUAAAGACGAGACAGUGACUUCUGGAAAUCUUUUCCAGCAUUUGGCUCCAAAGAAUUCCUUAGAGAGCCAAAAUUACGCUACAGGAAUCAACCAUGGGACUAAAAGGUGUUAUUCAAUGAUAAGAACUCCUUCGUUGGCUCAUGAUCACAUUAUGGCUGAAAGAAAGCGAAGAGAAAAGCUUAGCCAGCGAUUUAUAGCUCUUUCAGCUAUUGUUCCUGGCUUAAAAAAGAUGGACAAAGCUUCAGUUCUUGGAGACGCUAUAAAGUACGUGAAAGAGCUUCAAGAACGUGUGAAAGUCCUCGAGGAACAGACAAAGAAGAAAACGGUGGAAUCAGUGGUUUUUGUGAAAAAGUCUCAGGUAUCUUCAGAAGAUGAAAUCUCAUCAUCCGGUGAGAAUUUCGGUGGUAUCCCCGACGCAGUACUUCCAGAAAUUGAAGCAAGAGCUUCAGAUAAAGAUGUCCUCAUCCGAAUCCACUUCGAGAACAAGAAAGGGUUCCUCCCAAAAAUGUUAACUGAAAUCGAGAAUCUUCAUCUCUCCAUUGUCAAUAGCAGCGUCUUGCCCUUUGGAAAUUCCACUCUUGAUAUAACCAUAAUCGCUCAGAAGAACGAAGAAUUCAGCUUGACAAUAAAAGAUCUCGUGAAAGACCUAAGAAUGGCUCUAUUGAAGUUUAUGUGACAAUGAGAAUUCUAAUCUUAUACCUGUAGAUCAGAAGAAUGUGUGUAUCAGUUCAAGUAAUGCUUUAACACAUCAAGUACUUUUUAGAUAUCACUAGAGAAACUUGGGGCUGUAAAUUAAUGUCUUCUUUUUUUUUUUUCAACCAUGUCUACC